CAGGUGUUCCAAUCCCCUCCAUAUCAUGUGAUUGCAGGUGUUCCAAUCCCCUCCAAUCAUGUGAUUCAGGUGUUCCAAUACCUUCCAUAUCAUGUGAUUCAGGUGUUCCAAUCCCCUCCCAAUCAUGUGAUUCAGGUGUUCCAAUACCUUCCAUAUCAUGUGAUUCAGGUGUUCCAAUCCCCUCCCAAUCAUGUGAUUCAGGUGUUCCAAUCCCCUCCAUAUCAUGUGAUUCAGGUGUUCCAAUCCCCUCCAUAUCAUAGUCAAUAGCUAAAGACCUCCAAACUUGGUGUGGCCUUCAGAUGAGCCCAACAACAGUGUGUAGAGAGCUUCAUGGAAUGGGUUUCCAUGGC